AUCACCAUCCCUGCGAGUGUAUAAAGAGUGUUUCCCCUGUCCAUCAAAAGCCUAUAAAACUGCUGGCUCUAAAGCCCUCAGCUUUUAUUUCUUUGUCUGCCAUUAAUUUCCCAUAAAUAUUGUACACUUUCACUCGUGGCCAAGCCCACUCCUACUCCCCACUCCUUCUCUCUCCUUCUCUUCCUCUCUCUCUACCCUCGCCGGCGAUUAGGUCUCCUGUCUUUAUUGAAUCUGUACCGCCGUUCUACCCAUCUUCUAAGCUCCACCUUUCCACACACCUAUGAGCAACGGGUAGAUUUCUUCCUUAUUCUCUCCUGGGUAUUUCUUUGUUCGUCUCAUUAAAUACCCUGCCUAACACUAUUUUGGGUUGUUCUUGAAAUAAACAACUUCAAACUGAGGGAAAAACCCAGAUUUUCUUACAUUAACUGGGAAACCCCCCCUGGGUUUUUCAGAUUCUCCCAUUUCCUCAUCUGGGUUUUUUUGAUUCUCCCAUUUUCUCAUCUGGGUUUUGUGAUUCACCCCAUUUUCUCGCCUGGUUUUCCUCACACCUCCAAAACCCUCAUUCCAAACCCUUGAAACCCUGAAAAAAGAAAAAAAGCAAGAAAAAUGAUCAAACUCGUGGACCUGUACCAUGUCCUCACAGCAGUUGUUCCACUAUACGUCGCCAUGAUUUUAGCCUAUGGGUCAGUGAAAUGGUGGAAAAUCUUUACCCCUGACCAGUGCUCAGGCAUCAACCGCUUUGUGGCCCUAUUUGCAGUCCCUCUCCUUUCCUUCCACUUCAUCUCCACAAACGAUCCUUACGCCAUGAACCUCAGGUUCAUAGCUGCUGACUCCCUCCAGAAAAUCAUAGUCCUUGUUGUUCUAUCAUUCUGGUCAAGGUUCAGCUCCAGAGGCUCUCUUGAGUGGUCCAUCACUCUAUUCUCUCUGUCCACGCUGCCAAACACUCUUGUGAUGGGCAUACCUCUGUUGAAAGGCAUGUAUGGUGAUGCCUCAGGAACUCUCAUGGUCCAAAUAGUUGUCCUACAAUGCAUUAUUUGGUAUACCUUGAUGUUGUUCUUGUUUGAGUAUAGAGGAGCUAGGCUUCUCAUUGCUGAGCAGUUCCCAGAUACUGCUGGCUCUAUCAUCUCUUUCAGGGUUGACUCUGAUAUUCUGUCUUUAGAUGGUAAAGAGCCUUUGCAGACUGAGGCUGAGGUUGGGGAAGAUGGUAAACUCCAUGUCACUGUGAGGAAAUCCACUAGUUCUAGGUCUGAAAUCUUCUCUAGGAGGUCCCAUGGGCCUAACUCUGGUGUCUCAUUGACUCCACGGCCAUCAAACUUGACAAAUGCAGAGAUUUACUCUCUGCAGUCAUCAAGGAACCCUACUCCAAGGGGUUCUAGUUUUAACCACACUGAUUUCUACUCAAUGGUGAAUGGGAAGAAUGCAAGUAAUGUGAGUCCUAGGCAAUCCAAUUUUGGGAACUUGGCUUUUGAUGAAGAGAGUGGUGGAGGUGGUGGGGGUUUUGGGAACCAUUCUAGGGCUAACGGGGUUGCGUACGGACAGGGGGCUACAGGGUACCCUGCACCGGCGAGUGCCGGGAUUUUCUCUCCGGUGUCGGGUCCGGGAGCGAAGAAGAAGGCAAAUGGGGCCGAGGGGGGAAAAGAUCUUCACAUGUUUGUUUGGAGCUCGAGCGCUUCGCCGGUGUCGGAGGGAGGGAUUCAUGUGUUCAGAGGCGGUGAGUAUGGGAAUGAGCUUGGCGGUGGUGUAACACACCCUAAAGAUUAUGAUGAAUACCGUCGUGACGAGUUUAGUUUCGGAAAUCGAACCGGUGCGAAUGGGACUGACCGAGAAGGACCAGUGCUCUCUAAGCUGGGUUCAAGCUCCACGGCUGAGCUCCACCCCAAGAAUGGUGAUCAAGGGGAUUCGAAGCCGACUGCAAUGCCACCUGCUAGUGUUAUGACCAGACUUAUUCUGAUAAUGGUGUGGAGGAAGCUCAUUAGGAAUCCAAACACUUAUUCCAGCCUCAUUGGUCUAACCUGGUCGUUAGUCUCAUUCAAAUGGGGGGUUGUUAUGCCUGCCAUAGUAGCCAAAUCCAUAGCCAUUUUGUCUGAUGCAGGUCUUGGAAUGGCCAUGUUUAGUCUUGGUUUGUUCAUGGCUUUACAGCCCAGAAUCAUUGCUUGUGGGAACACGAUCGCCACCUUUGCCAUGGCCGUUCGGUUUCUCACUGGUCCAGCUGUCAUGGCUGCCGCUUCAAUUGCUGUUGGACUACGCGGAACACUAUUGCACAUUGCAAUUGUGCAGGCAGCUCUUCCACAAGGAAUUGUCCCUUUUGUCUUUGCCAAGGAAUACAAUGUUCAUCCUGACAUACUAAGCACUGGGUUCGCACUCAAACCUUUCCUACCUUUUCUUUCAUAUAUCUGUCAAGCAAUAUUCCAAUGCAUGCCUCAGUUGUUAUAUUAUAUGCAUCUGUUAUUUCUCUCUUUCAUGUAAGCAUUGCUAGCUUUGAUGCAUGGUUUAGCUUCGCAAGAGUGAGUUGCAGCAUGCCACCAAUGUGAAAAUCUCAGCAGUUAAUUUUUUUUUUCUUGGUUAAAGAAUCUUAAGCUGUUAUUGAAUCUUCAGAUUUGUGGAGGAAAAAAGGAAGAAGAUUUAAGAGGAAGUCUACUAACUCAACACUUGUACUAUAAGAAUUUGUGCAACAUGAUGACGGGGCACUGAAUGAUUGUUGCAGUUGGGUGGGAAUUUUUUUCAAUGAUCGAUCAUGCCUUGCUACAAUUGUUCAAAUUGUUACACACAAACACGGACACAUACUCACACACACAACGGCCUUAAACGAUGAGUGUUCGCCCUUGGUCUAUGCAGAUCAGGGACCCAGCCAACUCACACGAUGUUGUACUACUAGACUUGCUCUCGAAGGUCAAACUAAUAUCUAUAUAAGUUCAAGAAAGAAGAUCCAAUUUCUCGCCAAAAAGAACAACCAAAUCAAAAUCCAACAAGCAUUGUAUAUCUGCAUUUAAAUGCAUUGUACCAUGCAUGCGUAUAGGUUACUCAACAGGAAAACCAAAUUGAUGAUAGCUGGUCUUUAAUACUGUGGUUUGGUUUUUUGGCUGGCAGGGUCAUUUUCGGGAUGUUAAUAGCUCUUCCAAUCACUCUGGUUUACUACAUCUUGCUGGGGCUCUGAAGGUGAUGAACAAGGAAGAGUAAUUUAAAGAAAGCUGGGGGGACUAGGCUUUGUAAUAGUUCAAAAUAGGUAGAUCUGACCCUUUCGGAACUGGGUUUUUUGGGGUUCUAACUUUUUAGGUGAUAGAGAGAGAGAGAGAAAGAAGAGGGAGAAAAAGCUGAAGACAGGCCUCUUUACACAAGGUUGAUGAUAGAGAGAGAGAGAGAUGAAUUCAGAAAAUAUGUUUUAUUAUCAUUACAACUGGUAGCUUUUCGGAGCUUUUUUUGAUGUCUUUUUCUAGUUGCUUAAAUGAGACCUUGUGAUGUUGCACUUCUCCUGCUUUUGGUUCUCUCUUAAUGAAGAAAGUGAAUCUUGUUUGUA